AUGAAGUGCAAUAUUAAAAUUAUAAUCUUUUUAAUUUUUAUUUUCUGUCAACAUGUCUAUUGUAAAAUUAGUUUGGUCAGUAAUGAUACUGGAGUAUGGAUGCCUCUCAAGUCGAUUGAGAUAGGCGAUCAAUUCAGUUACACCGCGACCAUCGAUAAAGAUAAGAAUGAAAGCUUCAGAAUAAUCUAUGAGACUUCUAAGGAUCAAUCCUAUACAACUGUACUCUCUAUUCACUCCACCGAUCAAAAGAAUCAGAAAUCAAUGUUUGUUUGGACUGGCCAAGAUAGUCUGCCAGUUGUAUACUACUAUGGUUUGACACCACUGAACAAAUCGAUCGAUUGCAACACCAAGAAUAUCGACCUGACAAUCAAGAGUGACACAGCAGGUAGUUCUGCUUCUUCUGUCACCUAUGUCAUUUCGCUAUACUCACAAGAAUAUCUACCUUGCUCAACAAAUCCAAACAACAAUACAGUUACAAAAACACCUGUAAAUCCUGAAGACAGUUCUCAUGUAGCCAAAGAAACAACAGCAGCAACAACGACAACAAACACUAAUGACAAAAACAAUUCAAUCUUUUUAUUACCAUCAUUUAUUGUUGUUUUCUGUUCAAUUUUAAUAUUAAAUAUCUUUAUUUAA